AUUCAAAGUAUGACUUCAGAAGGUCUACGCGAGACGACAGUACACGUAACAUGACUCUUGUAUUUUGAAACCUAGUCACACUCUGCUCCCAGUUUAUUAAUAUCUGUUUAUUUUUAACUGAUGGGGAGAGAUGGAUAUACAGUUUAGUUACCUAAACUCGACUAUGCUGAAGAGCACUGUAUAGCUCUCUGUGAACACACAAUGGGCAAGCAAAGAGCCCAAGCAUCUAAGCUUCAUCAGCACUGCGAAAGCUGCCACAGCCGUCGUUGCAAGACCCCAGUGGAGAUUUCAGUGUCAUGCAUGAUCAUCAGCUGCCGACAGCUGUGCGGUGCCGUGUUUCACCUGUGCAAAGAAGAAGAACACAUGCUACUGUGCCCUAAUGAAAGGGUCCCUUGCCUUAACGUUGAAUAUGGCUGCCCGUUCACCAUGUGCCGCUCAAAACUGGCUAAGCACCUGGAGACGUGUCCUGCCAGCGUUGUCACGUGCUCCAUGGAGUGGAACCGAUGGCCCAUCGAAGAAACGGAAACGCCCGAUUUCUAUCAGAACAUUUUAAAGGAGAACCACACUCAGGAACCUCUCGAUCUCUCGAUGGCUCUGAGGGACCAGCGACAUCUGUUUCAGUCUCUCAAAAUGAAAACACUUUUUCCUGAACUUAUUGAAAAGGUGCCUGAAGAAGUGCCUUCUGUUACCGUGCUUGAGGGGGCUGUGGGAGGGGAAGCGCUCUCGAAUGGAGUUGAGGAUAUAUUCACAAAUGCUGAUAGUUCUUCAAACACAGAGUGUCAAGAAGAAGGUCUGACUCAAGAAGAAAGAGAAGCUAUAGCGAGGAAUUCUGAGGUGGAAAACAUUGAGAGUUAUAACAUUUGGGAGAGAAUGUUCAGUAUGGAAUUGAGUGGAUGCAAACAUACUAUAAAAGCUUUAGGGCAGACUCCUACAUCCACAGGUGCUAAAGGAGUAAGGCUACGAGCCAACCCAAGCGGGUUAGAAAUCUUAAAGGAAGAAAACCAGAGCUACAGUAUUGAAGUGCCACAAUACAGCGCAUCCGAAAUGGAUGAAGACAAAUUCCUCAUCGCCACAUCCCUUUUCGCGUGCGAUACGAGACCUGAGAAGAAAUUUGUUUAUGAACGCUUGGAGCCCAUGAAAAUUAAAGUCGUCCCUAAUUUCAAAGUCCCAAUCAGCUUUAAAGCGAAACAAAGCCGCAUCCGAAAUCCCUCACAUCACAAGAAGGUCACUGUAAGCGUGGACACAUCUGACUUGGACGUUGAAAUCGCUGAUGUCCCGAAAUGGGAUGAGAUUCAAGCAACUUUGCUGUGCUCUCUGGAGAAGGAAUUACGUGGACACCUCAUAGCUGAAAACAACUCCACAGACCCCCUUUUUUUGGACGUUGGAACACAGACAUAUGAUUUUUUCACCGCCCCUUUCAAACCAGAGACCUCACUGGCGGAUAUCAUCGCUGAACGGCCUUUGAAACUUCACGUCCACAUUCAGACCGAAAGCGUCACAAGACGACACAACAAAACCAGCUCUGCAUUUACGUACCUCUGCAAUCACAUAUUCAGACGAGAUGAGUUUCCAUCACACUAUAAAAACGUUCACUCUGACAUCCAGAGUUGCAUCAGCGGCUGGUUUGAACAAAGGUGUCCUCUCGCUUAUCUCGGCUGCACUUUUAUUCAAAGAAGGUUUCAGCCCAGCUCUCACAGAGCAGCUGUCUACUACGAUAAAGACCUGAGCACCUUCUGCAUGAGACCUGAGGUGUCAGCCAGCUUAUAUGAAGGUGUGAAGACAGUGAGUUUGGAAAGAAAGCGUGCAAGGAAUGCAGAUGCUCUGAGCAGGUUACCUUUUGAGAUUCUGGUCCACAUUGCUGGAUUUCUUGACAGCUUCACCCUGUCCCAACUCGCUCUGGUCUCCAGACUGAUGAGGGAGGUGUGUAGUACCUUGCUUCAUGAAAGAGGCAUGGUCACACUGAAGUGGGAGAAGAAGGUCUACUCUCAUGGUGGUUGGUGCUGGAGGUCCAGGAAGAAGGUUUGGCAGUUUAGCAACCUCUUCUCCACCGUGAAUGGGUGGUGCUUUGAUCAACUGCAUUCAAUCUCAGAACAUCUGAAGGUUUGUCCAUACUACCAGAAGGAGAAUAAAACAGAACCUUUUCUUUUAACUGGUGUUCAUGAGUAUCAAGAGGAUAAAGAGAAGAAACAGACUUUGAUCUCCAUGUUCACCUAAAGCAAAUAGCACAGGCAUUUCAGCUGAAUAUACAUUUACAGUAGUUGUCAAAUAUGAUGUUUAACCAAGGAAAUGCCUUUUUUCAAACACAUUUAUAUUAUUUAAAAUGUAUUAUUUUGUAUGCAUGUUGUAUAUAUGGUUUCAUCGGAUGCAUGCGUGUUGCCCCGGUUACGCACCUGGCCCGAAGUUAACUUCUGGAACAAAUAUCUUGUGGAAAAUAAAAAUUUGGUUUCCAGGGGAGACAGUGAGCAUGAAUCACUGCUGUGUGGAUUUGGCAGCCAGGCUAGAUUUAAGCAUCUUUAGCUAACAUUGUAUACAUUAAUUUUACACAGUAAUAUUACCUCAGUGUUGUAGUUGAUAUGCUUCAGCUAUGAUUUGAACUAAGGUAAUUUACUGUUUAUUUAUUUUGCUUGUUAUCAGAAAUGAUCUACUCUAGAUGGACUUUGUUGUUAUUGUUAUUUUUAAACAUAAGUCUGCUGGAAGUUAAGUCUAUAGUUGGAGUGAUUGGAUUGUUAACUGAAGCUCAGAUUGAAAGAAUUUAAGGAGGCAAUAAAUACAUAAAAGUGGCACUUUCACAAAACUUACAGUCAAUGCUCAGGAGAAUGAUUAUAAUCAAUAAACAAAGGACCAAUUAAAUAUUCAUAAGUGACUGCACUGUAUUUCAUGCAUGUUCAAAUAAAAAAAUCUAUAUUUUAUGAUUUGA